AUGACCCAGCUUGACAUCUCCCCAAACUCGUCUGCGCCCUCGGAUUCUCUAAGAAUAUACAUCACAAUGUCAUCCAUCGUGCGCACAUCGCUGAAGCAGUUUUUGCACACGAGCCGCCAGUCGCUGCUGGCGUCGUUGAAAGCAAGGAAGCCGGUUAAUAUUGUGAUUGGGAAUCAGUCUGCGGACAUCGACUCCUUCGCAUCCUCCAUCCUCUACGCCUACUACACCGGUCCCACCACCCCACCCACAAUCCCCUUCCUUUCCAUCCCGCGCGAAGACCUCUCCCUCCGCCCCGAGAUUCUACACCUCUGCAACCUCUUCUCCAUCUCCCCCUCCGACCUCAACUUCACCGACGACCCCCCCAUCACCGACCUGCCCAAACACUCCACAAACAUAACCCUCGUCGACCACAACCACAUCGAACCAAACCUCUCCUCCCACUUCACAGACCCCACCAAAGCCGUCACAGCCGUCAUCGACCACCACGACGACGAGGGCCUAUACCCAGAUGCAAAACCGCGCAUCAUAACACCGAGCGGAUCAUGCUCGUCCCUCGUCACACAGCACUUCCAGAGCGCUUUCCCGCAGAGUGGAGACGUCCGUGGGGAGCUGGCGAGACUGACGCUCGCCGCGGUGUUGAUUGAUACCACGAACAUGACCAACAAAGUCACCCCGCACGACGAGGAGGUGCUGGCUUUUCUAGAGGCCGAGAUGGCCAAGAGCGCUACAGAAGGCGGGGAUGCCAGCGAGCCAUGGGAUCGGAAGAAGUUCUAUAACGGCGUGUGGGACGCUAAGAACAACGUUGACGCCAUGCCGCUGCGUGACCUGCUGCGCAAGGACUGGAAGGAGUGGACUGAGAGCGUGACGGGCGCGGACGGGGUGCAGAGAAAAGUCGGUAUCGCAUCUGUGCUGCGGGAGCUGGAGUGGUUGAAGGGGCGGGAGGCGGGCGAGGGGUUUGUGGAGGGGGUGAAGAGCUGGGCAGGGGAGCGGGGGCUGGAUGUGGUCAGUGUGAUGACGACCACGGGCCGUGGGGGGAACUUUAGGAGGGAGCUGUUUGUGUGGGUGUUGAAUGAUGGGGCGGAGGGGUGCUUGGAUACGUUUGUGCGGAUGGCAGAGGAGGCCGGGUUGGGACUGAGUGUGUGGGGUGGCGGCGCCCUUGAUGGGGAUCAUGGCAGGAGGAGGGCCUGGUGUCAGAAGAACUUGAAGGCGAGUAGGAAGCAGGUGGCGCCGCUACUGAGGGAGAGUAUCAAGGUGGGGGCCAAGAGGGAGUCCAAGGUUUAG